GAAGCAGUGGAAUUAGUUUCCUGCUAACUUCGCAGUAGUUGGGUGUGUCAACAAAGUGCGAGUGCAUCGAGUUCGCAGUUAUGAUAUAAAGUGAACAUUGUAAAAUUUGAAAAAUAACGACUGCAAAGACGGAAAACUCGACCGCACUCCAAUGCGAUUUCGUUCAACGCCCAUCCAAUCGCACGAUUAAAAUGGAAUUUGGGAACAUGCGUGACUUUUCGGAAUUCUGCGAACAAUUACACGAGAUUAGGGUGAAGUUCCACAAGUGGGACAGCUGCGAAAGGACGGUGGCCCUUUAUUACCUGAUGUCCGGACUGCCGUUCGCAAACGCGCGUUUCUUGCAAUACGCCCUGGAACAAUGCAUCGCCACCGCUUUCAACGACGAAGCGCAACUGAUGGAACGGAACGCGAACGACGCCAGUUACGUGAGCAGCUUCUUGUCCGAACGACCGCAGAUCACUUUGUCUCUGUUACUCAACCACCUGCCUCUGCUCAGACCGGGCAAUAAAGACACUGCCGACUGUUAUCUAAAGACAAUCCGUAAAGUACUAACGGAAUUUUUAACCCCACCUUAUAAAAUUUAUAACGAAUGUGUCGAGAUUAUGUCCUAUGUGUUCAUCCAUCCCGCUUUCAAUAAAGAGGACAAGAAAACGUUCAAGUACUUGCUGAAGCACGUCAUCAACAGGGUCAGUCCGGACAAUUUCAUACACUCCCCAGUCAACGAAUCUAGCGACGAAUCGGUCAGUCCCAAUCCGGAUUUGAUCUCCCUAAACAAACGGUCCAACUCGUUAACGCCGGGACAACUGCCCAACGACGUCACGCCCGCCUACGAUCAAUGGUCCUCUCAGGAGAACUUGAACAAACCACCCGUACAAAAGCAGCGCAGCUACUCGCUCUCCAGCGACAAUCCCCUGCUCCUCAAUCCGCAACUACAGACGAGCAGCUCCGAAACGAAGUUGCAGGACUUGCAGAACCAGCCGUCGAUGAAGAGCAUCAUGUCCUGGCUGAAGUCGUUGCGUUUGCACAAGUACAGUUGGGUGUUCAACAAUCUGACCUACGAACAGAUGCUGCGUCUCGACGACGACAUGUUAGAAACGAUCGGAAUCACGAAAGGAGCGAGACACAAGAUUCUUUUGAGCAUCGCCAAACUCAAAGACAGAAGUACGAUGCUCACCGAACUGGAGACGGAGGUGAUGAACGGAGCCGAUCUCAAUGCGGCCCUGAAGAAGGUGAAGAGCGUGUUGCAGAGUCCCCUGCAAAUCGCCAAAGGUGAAGAUCUGCCUGCGCAGAUCGUCAGAGUCAUGGGAAAAGUUUGUACUCAGUUGUUAAUGCUCAGACAGCCACAAGACGAGUGCUUGGUUCUGUUCAACUCGCUGUGCGAACGAGCGGAGUCACUCGAAGCUUUCAACGACGACCAGAAGAAACGUUUGCUUAUGUGGAAGGGACAACUGUUCAACGGCACAAACCUACCUAUAUACAACCAACGCCAAAACACAUCUAGAAGUCACCAGUACAACAACGGGGGAGCGUACAAAUGCACGUACGCCCAAAAGAGCUCGUCGUUCCCGAACGUGCAAAGCGGCGGCGCACAGAAAUCCCACCGGCAUUCCGUCGGGAGUGUCACGCUUAAGAACCAAUUGUUCAAGGCUUCCGAGAUAUUCAAAUUUCAAGAGUUACAAGGGGAAUUGUACAACAAGCGGCUGCAUCCGAUCGUCAGGUUCAGAGAGGAAAACGGGGAGAUCAAACAGAAGAACAAAACGAAUGUGGACAUAGAAGACAGUCUGGAAUCGCUGUGCAGGGAGAUGAUGGAACAUGCACUGGGGCCCUAAUCGAUCGUUGAUAGGCUCCAGUUCUCCGUCACCGUCGGCCUACGUAAUGACAAAAUUCUUUGUGAUAGAUGAUUUUUUUAGAACUGCUUUUUUAUAUAACAAGAGUAUAUGACACUGCUGGCAGAUAUACUAUUGGUUUUUAACUUGUUUUAUGUUGAUUUGUGUGUUAGACUACUUUUAUUUAUUGAACAGAGCUUUAUAUUUUUUCGAAUUAUUUUUGGAUACACGAUAAAAACGAGAAGAAAAUGAUGAAAUGGUAAAACGUUCAAUUUAAGACUGCUUAAAUAUUUUUUGUACUUAUAUUUAAGAUUUUAUUUAGAUAAGAGUAAAUUGUUGUUGUACAUGUCCCACUUGAUUGAUAUUUUAUAUAAAUGUUUUUUUAAUUGUUCGUGAAGAUUGACAAAGUUUUCCCGAUUCCGAAAUGUAUCGUUCACCGACACACCAAACACUAAGUUUAAUAUUUAUUAUUUGACUCGACAUGCAGAUUAGUUUUUAUUUAUUUUUUGUAGAAAACUUUGUAUUUUGUAAACUUGUGCAUGUUUGUGAUUGUUUCUGUGUGAUACAAGUUUGCCUGAAAAGGGCUACUGAUGAAAAAGACUGAUUUCUAAAUAGAUACGACAGAUUGAA